GCCCUGUGCCUUGUGCCACCUGGGCCAGCUGCUCUGGGGAAUGUGAAUGGUCUGCGGCGGCGGCGGCGGCAGGGAGGAGGCUGCUGCUGUGAGUAGAGGUCUCGCGAGCCCCUCUCAGAAAGCUGCAGCCAUGGAUAUAUUUGGUGACCUGCGGCGAAUGAACAAGCGUCAGCUCUAUUACCAAGUCUUAAAUUUUGCCAUGAUUGUGUCUUCGGCGUUGAUGAUAUGGAAAGGCCUUAUUGUUAUCACUGGGAGUGAGAGUCCUAUCGUUGUAGUGCUCAGUGGCAGCAUGGAGCCAGCCUUUCACAGAGGAGAUCUGCUGUUCUUAACGAACUUCCGGGACGACCCCAUCAGGGCCGGGGAAAUAGUGGUUUUUAAAGUCGAAGGCAGAGAUAUUCCGAUUGUACACAGAGUAAUCAAAGUUCACGAAAAAGAAAACGGCAACAUCAAAUUUCUGACCAAGGGCGACAAUAACGAAGUUGACGACAGAGGCUUGUACAAAGAAGGCCAGAACUGGCUCGAGAAGAAGGACGUUGUCGGCAGAGCACGAGGGUUUUUGCCGUAUGUUGGAAUGGUGACCAUAAUCAUGAACGACUAUCCAAAAUUUAAGUACGCUCUCCUGGCUGUCAUGGGCGCGUAUGUCCUCCUGAAACGAGAAUCAUAAAAGACUGAACAUGGAACUGCCUUGCGCAACUCUUGAGCGUAGAUAUACAAAGAGAUACUAAUAUAUUUGAACCGUCCCUGUGUCUGUACAAAAUAUUUCAUGGUCCGCAGACAAUACUUUCCCAAUGAAUUUUCCUGUCCGUGCCACGAUCUUAAAAACCCUUUUCUUGUGCAUAAGUCCUACUGGUCGCAUCUGAAUGAGCCUAUAAGUGUUCUUACAACUGGAUUACAAACAAUGUCCACUGGUAUUUUGUUUACAA